AUGACUAGCUAUAAUAGCAGUGUGAUUUUACAUUCUACAACUGGAAAAAAUUUAACUGUUUACAUAUGUGUUCAUCUGGUAAUGCCAUGUGCAGUUGCUAUUGGUAUUAUUGGCAAUCUAUUAUCUAUAUUAGUGUUUACACGUCGCGAAAUGAUUAAAUUUUGUGUAUGCAUAUUGACCAUUAUUCUUGCAGUUAGCGAUAUUCUUUUGUUAGCUACUUCAUUAUUUAAUAUAAUCUUGCCGGAUUUUUUCGGUCGUUCAUUGGCAAAUGAAUCAAUAUUUUGGUGCCAUUUUCAUGGCUAUUUCGAUAUCCUAUUUUCUGCAAUAAGUGGUUACUCCGUUGUAUUUAUAUGCGUUGAAAGAUGGCUUUCUGUAUGGAAAUCAUUUAAAAAAACACAAUAUGUUACAUUUAAAACAACAUUAAUAACUGUUAUCAUAUAUAUAUCAUUAUCGGUAUUUGGUUCUUUAUGGUUUCCGUUUACAUUAAAAUAUAACUCAGAUCAACCGAAAUCCGACGAAAAAUGCAAACUAUCACGACCAAUGAUAUAUAAAAUAUUUGAAACAAUAUCCAUUAUAUUUACUUAUGUUGUAUCUUUCUUUUUUCUUGUCAUACUUGAUAUUCUUAUUGUCCAUCGUUUACAUACUCGUCAAAGUACAUCAAUAAACCGUGCAAUAGUCCAAACUAAUGAUGCAGUUACUCAUGAUGCAUCACCAGGAACAUCAUCAACACGUAAAAGAAUGCAAAAACAACAAAAUAUUGAUCGAAAUAUGACAUUUAUGUUAAUAACUGUUGCUAUUGUCUUUAUGGUUAUGAGAUUUCCAAUCUAUGGGUUGUACAUGCAAAUUCAUCGAAUGACUACACCAAACAUAACUUUAUUUAUAUUAACACAAACAUUUCGUUAUUUAAAUUGUUGCUGUAACUUUUUUCUUUAUUCAGCUACAUCAGCAUUAUUUCGUCACGAAUUAUGUGAAAUAUUUCAAUGGACACAUUCACUUCAAUCAAAUCAUAAACCUAUAAAUAUAAAAGAUGAUCAUACAACAAGACCAUUACUAAAUCUCCCAUUUUCUGCUAUUGAUAAAGAUAAUACUCCAUUGGAACAUGAAAAUCUUUUGUCCUCAACAAUUACAACAGCACAGACAUCAUCAUUAAAAACAUCUGAUGGACAAUUUAACAUUCCUGAUUCAACGAAUGGGAGUAUGCCUUCACAUAAAACAUAG